AAAGAUUCAGGAAUUUCCUAUUUGGCUCCUGGGCUUUCACCUUCUGGAAAAACAACAGAUUAUGCCUUUGAGAUGGCUGUUUCAAAUAUUAGAUAUGGAGCAGGAGUUACAAAGGAAGUGGGAAUGGACCUGCAAAACAUGGGUGCUAAAAAUGUUUGUUUGAUGACAGACAAGAACCUCGCCCAGCUCCCUCCUGUACAAGUAGUUAUGGAUUCCCUAGUAAAGAACGGCAUAAACUUUAAGGUUUAUGAUAAUGUGAGGGUGGAACCAACUGAUAGAAGCUUCAGGGAAGCAAUUGAGUUUGCCAAAAAGGGAGCUUUUGAUGCCUAUGUUGCUGUGGGUGGUGGCUCCACCAUGGACACCUGUAAAGCCGCUAAUCUGUACGCGUCCAGCCCUCACUCUGAUUUCCUAGAUUUUGUCAGUGUUCCCGUUGGGAAGGGAGAGCCUGUGUCUGUGCCUCUUAAGCCUCUGAUCGCAGUCCCAACUACUUCAGGAACUGGGAGUGAAACUACUGGAGUUGCCAUUUUUGACUAUGAGCCUUUGAAAGUAAAAAUUGGCAUUGGUUCUCGAGCCAUCAAACCCACGCUGGGACUGAUUGACCCUCUGCACACCCUGCACAUGCCUGACCGGGUCGUGGCCAACAGUGGCUUCGACGUGCUUUGCCACGCCCUGGAGUCCUACACUGCCCUUCCUUACCACAUGCGGAGCCCCUGCCCUUCAAAUCCCAUCUCUCGGCCAGCCUACCAGGGCAGCAACCCAAUCAGUGACAUUUGGGCAGUCCACGCACUGAGGAUCGUCGCUAAGUAUCUGAAGAGGGCUGUCAGAAAUCCUGAUGAUCUAGAAGCAAGGUCCAGUAUGCACUUGGCAAGUGCUUUUGCCGGCAUUGGCUUUGGAAACGCUGGUGUUCAUCUGUGCCAUGGAAUGUCUUACCCAAUUUCAGGCUUAGUGAAGACAUAUAAAGCAAAGGAUUAUAAUGUGGAUCACCCAUUGGUGCCUCAUGGCCUUUCUGUGGUGCUCACCUCCCCAGCGGUGUUCACUUUCACUGCACAGAUGUUUCCUGAGCGGCAUCUGGAGACGGCAGAAAUAUUGGGAGCCGACAUCCGCACAGCCAGGGUUGCAGAUGCUGGGCCCGUUUUGGCAGACGCGCUCCGGAAGCUCUUACUCGAUCUGGACGUGGAUGAUGGCCUAGCUGCCAUUGGUUACUCCAAGGCCGACAUCCCCGCAUUAGUGAAAGGCACGCUGCCCCAGGAAAGAGUCACCAAGCUUUCACCACGCCCUCAGUCAGAAGAGGAUCUGUCUGCCCUAUUUGAAGCUUCGAUGAAACUGUAUUAACUUUCAUUUUCACUGAAAGAAUUACCAUCGGCUAUCAUAGUUCUGAAGUCAGAAGUUGAUCUAGCCAGAGCUCUGUCUUUUCAUCUCCACACAUAAGUUAUCUGUUACCAGUUUGAAUGUGAUAUAAAUGUAUCCUACAGAAGAUUCCAUGGUGCUCAAAGUCAAGCUACUUCCAUAAUACAGGUUAGACAAAUGCCCACAGUGUUGGACCCUGGUUUGUGUUCCUGUCCUAAACCCCGCAGACUGCCCCUGUUUCAUUAUCAAAUGGGUAAAAAAACACUUAUCUAUCAAAAUUGUUAAUGUACACAUUCUGUGCCCAGUAAUUCAUGUCUAGAAAUUUAUAUUAUAAAACUACUAGCAUGAGUGUGUAAAAAAAAUA